UUACACUUAAGAGAGUCAAGUCAUGUACUAUACAUUUGUUUGUUGACCGUGUAUUUUCAUUUAUCUGAACAAAAUAGAAGGCGCAUCUUCCAGAACGUACGUGCCGACAGCUGUCAAUCAAACAGCUUUCCCCACUAGCUAGCUUCACCAGUAGCUGUCAAACCUGAAGUGAAAACAUGGAAACUACCGUGUCAACAGUCAAGUACCUGACAGAGUGCCUGCUGAAACAGAGAAUGGAUAUCAGUGAGGUGAUAGAGAAGCUCUUCUCAGAGGUGAUGGUCCUGGAGAAUCACCCCACAAUACAGGAUCCGCAGCUUGAAGAAUGUGCUUUAGCCUUGUGGAAUUGGUCAGUUACCUCGAGAGGGAACACCAUGUUGACCAAGAUUCAAAGGGCCAAAGUUAUGUCUUUCAUAGUGAGCCAUGUUGCCUGCACGCUUAUAUUCUGCUGUGAAACUGAUUGCCCAGCAGAGGGCAGCAUGCGUGCUCGGAUACUGAUGUCCAGCAAGACUGGGAGACUCUGGCUGGAUUGUAAAGAUCCUCAAAUGGCCGAUAAGUUAUUUAGGCUUGCCACAAAGAGCCUGGAAUCUCUCUACAACCAACUCAUAUCACGAGGUGAUGCAUCAGGAGAUAAGUGCGAUUACAAAGUCGAUGUGGAAAAGGAUCUGCUCCGAGUUCUCUCCUACCAGGCAGAAUCGGCCGUAAGUCAAGAGCAAAACCAAGAAGCUGUGAUGCUAAUGCAACGCUGCAAAGAUAUGCUGCUUCGAGUGCCAAAAGAAACCACGUACCUUUCGCUGAUGUGCUACAACUUUGGAGUUGAGAUGUACUAUCGAAAACAGUUUGACUGCAGUGCGUCAUGGCUGGGUCAGAGCUAUGACAUUGGGAAGAUGAAUGGUAAAUUUGCUCUUGAUGCAGAAACACAGGCCAAAGUCUUGCGUCUUCUUGCCACAGUUUACUUUGAAUGGGAUUGCCAGAAAUACCAUGAAAAGGCACUUGAGGCUGUCACUCAAGCCAACAAGGAGUGUGUGAGCAGCUCUGGGUUGUACUUGAAGAUUCAGAUUCUUCUGAAAGCCAACAUUCCAGAUGAUCAUAUCAAAGCUGGAUUGAAAGAAAUGCUGGAAUCUAAAGUUUCUCUUGAGAUUUGUUUGCGAACGGUCAAACUGCUCAUGUCAGAAGACAGAGAAGUGCUGGCUUUUGAGUUUUUGAAACAUGUGUGUCAGCACUUUGAAUCGUCCCCUGACCUGGGAACUGCCCUAGUUUUGCACAUCGAGCUUCUUCUUCAGAGGGGCAAAGAGCUUCUGGGAAAGCAGAAGAUUGAAGAUGUCAUUACUGGGCACCACACUGGUAGGAAACUGACCCUUAGGGCUCUCACAAGUCUGCAUGUCAUGCUGUGGGACAAAGCGUCAAUAAACUAUGAGGCCGGAAACUACUCUGACGCUCUGCUGUGGUACAACUACUCCCUGAGCUUUUACAAGGCAGGACUGAUGGAUUCCAACUUGGCUAAAUUGCAAAGGAACAGAACUUCCUGUUUCCUGCAUCUGAAGCAGCUCGAGAAGGCCAAAGAUGCGAUCAAAGAAGCUGAGAGGUGUGAACCUGACAACAUUUUCACUCAUUUUAUUGUUUAUAAGAUUGCUGUCCUGGAGAAUGAUGUGGAAAAGGCCACCCAAGCCAUCACCAGAAUGGGACUUCAGUCAAAGGAUUCACAGGCCAGUAAGGACAGCAUACUGGUGUCCACAGUUGCUGCUUCGAAUCUUCUCAGUCUUGCGGCUCAGAUUGCUUUGGAGAAUGGACAAGAAGACACUGCAACAAAAGCCCUGGAGAGUUUGUGUGAACAUUCCAAUGACGAUGAUCAAGUCUUAACUGCUCUCAGGUGUUUGGUGCGACUGGUGCUCUCCAAAAUAGAAAAAUCCAGUGAUGAAACGGGGACCGAGAAUGUCGAUGUUCUGUUGCCGUAUUUAAAAAUGGCUUUUCAGAGAAUGUCCCAUCAGUCCUGCCUGACUGCUGAGCAGUGCAUAGAGAAGGCAAAUUGGUUCAGAAAGAUGGCGUGGAACAUGGCACUGCAGUGCAAGACUCGCCCUGACAGCAUGAGGGAUUUCUUCGUGCUCGCUUACCAGUUCUUCCAGAUGUGUCCUCCUGAUCGCGUCAGGCUGGAGGGUCAGAGGACGUCUCUGCUGAUGGCUGCUGCCGCCUGCCUGGAGUCCUGUCGCAUUUCUCCACAUGAGGACAAGACUCAAGAUCUGACUCAGGCUUUGAAACACAUUCAGCUUUGUUCAGAAAUCUGCAAAACUCUCAGAGCGUCAGGGAGUUCCUCAAACGACACCGUCGAGUCGCUGCUGCUGAUGUACGAGUUUGCAGUUCGCUCCAAACUGAAUGAUCCUGAAGUGGCCACAGUGCUGGAGUCAGUGCUGGAGCUCGAAAAAGUGGAACCCAAAGUGCUGGAGACCAUCGCAGGUCUGGCCAUGGAGCCCCCCGCCCACCUCCCCCUUCUGUGCAAGAAGGCACUGAGAGUCGCACUUGCUUUGCACAUGAAACAACCUCAGCCCGACCUGGAGCACUGCAGGAAGUACAUCCACAGUCUAAUCAAACUGUCCCUGCCGAGCGGCGUGUCGGAGGUGGAUGCCCAUGUUCUGGAGGAGGUGUGGGGCUACUACGAGGAGGCCCUGUCAAUCAUCACAGUGGAAGAAAACUUCCCUGAGAUGGAGAUUCUGUGGCUGCUGAUACAGGCGUGGAACACAGGAAUACAUCUGUACUCGCUGACACAGUAUCCUGAGGCGGAGCAGUGGUGCGGACUUGCCAUGAGAUUCAUCCGCCACCUGGGACCUUCACAGGAGAGCUACAAGAGCAAGAUGUCUGGCCUCUACAGUGAGAUCCUGGAGCGGCUGGACAAAACCAAACGGGUCUGAAGGACACGCAGGUGACUCCUCUGCUUUGCCUUUCAGUCGCUGGUCUUCAUCACUCUGUUCAACAUGUUACACAUAUUUAUUGGCACAUUCGGCGUGUUCAGUUCCAGCCCAGCUGGUGCACGACUUUGUUCAAUAAAGGUUUCCCCUUAAUCAAUUCAAGCACGUCAAAAAUCGUAACUGAGUCACAUAAUUUUAUUUUCAAACAAAUAAACUUUGUCAAGUCCCGGAAAAAAAAAAAAAAGAAAAUGAAAUUGAACCAAAAGCAGCAGGACUGUACUCCCUCAUGACUAGGACAGGGAAGAGCAUGAGGCCGAGUCCUGAUCGGCUGAACCGCCUGCGCUGACAGGAAGGAAACUACUGUACAAUCAAAGGGUUGAAUGUUUGCAAGCACUUACUGCACAGAUGUGCUAGAACAGAAACAUCACCCAGAAGUACAAACAGGAACCCUCAGCCCCAAACAAAAGGAACUGGAAAUCAUAAGUUAGAGUUUCUCUCCUCAGUUAUACACACACAGGCAUUCAGCUUCCAUCGGGUUAUAUAUAUAUAUAUAUAUAUAUAUAUAUAUAUAUAUAUAUAUAUAUAUAUCAGAGUGAAAUGAAAUCAAGUUCUUUGGGCUUCAACAUGGCUGACUGAGGUCACACGAGUUAACAGUCAGCUGGACACCAGAGAGAACCCACAUCCAGAUCCAUGACCCCUCAGUGCUCUGGCCUGUGUCUUCCUUCUUUAUUGUACAAUAAAUAUAUCUUUUUAACUCUAUACACCCAGACACAAGAAUCACAUGUAGACAGGCCCACCCCGAGGGAGGGGGUCUGCCCCCCCGCCCCGCCCGACUAGUGAAGUGUUGCGCGUGUGAAGGAAAAAUACUGACGAUAACAGCACGCUUGUAUGGAAAUUAUAGAGUAGCUCCAACUUGACUUACCUGACGUUUGUGGUCUAGAAAACAUCCCAGUUUGAGUCACACAUGCAUGAAGCACAGGUGAGGGGGGGGGCGGGGUCUGCUUGAAGGGGGUUUAUUUACAUUGUACAGCUACCACACCCUUUUUGAAACAGUCUGCAAGCAGUUUUUAUAAAUGGCUCUGUUCCCUUCAGUUAGUCCCUGAACUCUGGGUUUGACACGGUAAUGACGGCUGGUUGGAUUAGCGGCGUCGCAGGUACGGGUCGUGGUGGGGGAGCAGACGGUCACCUCUCUUUAAGAGCAGGGGAGAAAAAGGGGCGGGGGGCAGGUUUGACUUCUGAAAAGGUCUCGGAAGAGAAAAAAAAAAAAAAAAAGAUUGAGACCUUCUCCCCAGCUCUGGCAUGAUCCGUUGGUAAAGAGUUGAUUCAGGCAUCCGACAAGCAACCCUGCUUCCAUGAAGAGGGGUGGGGGGGGUCAGUGUUUGGCUGUUCCAUAGCUUUCUUGUCCACUUUCCAUCACUCAGUUUGAUCCCUCAUGCAGAGUAAUAAUACACAAAAGCAUGAAUGAAACAGGACUUUAGUGUUGGUUUUGGUAGGGGACAAUUGAAAACAGGUUAUAUUGACUCUUUAAUCAUUGAGGACAUCCAAUACAAUAUUGUCUUGUUCUACCCGUUAUAAGGCCGAUAGCACAGUACCGUGUGACCACUCCAUUAGAUAAAAGCCCCUCGCAGAAGGCAGAGAGUGUAAGAAGGUCUGCUGCUGCUCAACGCGUUUUGGGAGGCUUUGGCUCAUCCAAUUGGAUCGAAUCACGAGGAGAGGCUUUUUGUUUCUCUCUCUCUCUCUCUCUCUCUAAUGAAGACAAAGUAGUGUUAGAUCUCCGCUCCUGCUCCGUCAUCUGCAGCCUCCCGCACAGACAACAGGUAGUUACAAAACAAGAAUUUGUAUUUGAUGUAAGGCAGUUUGGUGUUUUGCAGAGAGCCCAGUUACACGUCUCUACCCCCAUCCUUUAACAGAGCAGCUAAGAACCACGAGCAAAAAAGUCCCACAAAGAAAAGAAACAGAAAUCUAACAGCCCUCCAAAUGGACAAUUCUAGUGAAGUGAAAAAACAGUAGUUUCUUUUAAUAUGUAGUAAAAUCUCAGUAGGAUUUUAGUAUUUAUUCUGUGGUCUUUAUAAUAUAAAUGUCGAGAUUCACAACGCACGCCUCUGUCUCUCCUGGCGGCCUGGGGCGGCACGGACACACUGGCAGACGAGCAAACCGCGAGCUGCUUCGUGAUAAAUAGAUCUGCAGUUCCUGUGAACGGAGGCCACUCUUGGAUCCGUACCGUCGGCAGACUUUCCACUCAGUUUCAGGGAGAAAAGAAAAAUCCUUAAUUUGUCUUCACUUCUCAUCGUCUUUUCAAACGUGAUUGGAUGAACAUUUACAGUGUUCCAACUCGAUAUGAUUAGUCUCUGUCCCCCUGCAGCUUCGGAAUCCCACCUCCAGGUUAAUGUGAAACAUUCCCGUCUUCAGUCAGUCAGUCCGCCCGCAACACAAAGGAAUUCUCUCCUUUUUCCCGUUGGCUCCACAGCUUCCUCUCCAAUGGCAUUUUCCAGUCUUGAAUGGAUUUGUUGAGAAACUCAUGCAGGGGUGUGCACAGUCACAGUAAUGGUGAUAAGACUUCUUUUUCAUUUCGAGUAACAUAAUGAUGACACUAAAACUUGAUAUGAAACAUAUCUGCAAAAAGGAGGUGAGGAGGGGGACUAUUUAGGCGCGGGUGGGGUCU